GUUCGUUCCGCUGCACAAUACCCCCACCCGGCACCCACGCCACACAAUGUCUCUCUCCAUCUGUCUGUCUGUCUUAUCGGUCAAAGCGCGUCAACACAUACAGAGUAGACGGCACAUUCUCAUACAGAGCAGCCACAACCGUCCCCUCUCUCAGUUCCUUGUCCGUGCCCCUCUGAAAUAUCUGCAGCCACUCGCCACUCAGCCGCCUACACCGCACAUGUGCCCACACACCGCCGGCAGCCAUGCCCUCCCUCCCACACACACUGCAAUCCUUCACGUCAGCUGAGGGGCAAUCCACACGCUGUCCCCCCACCCACUGGUGCGCCUUGAUCCACUUGAUCUUCGCACAUCUCCCGGCCGUCUCGCAUCGAUUGACGCCGUGUUUGUAAGGGUGUGAUGGGGACUCGUCGGCCUCGGCUUGGCGAGUGAGGUCGGAGCUGUAUAGGUAGCUCAUGUGGCCUCCGAGGGAGUGGCAGACGGCGAUGCAGUCGGCGGCCGAGAGAGAGAGGGGGGCGGUCGGUGUCUUGAUGCAGCGACGGUCUCUGAAGGGCACGUUAUUGAUGUUGUCCUCCUUGCUCAGGGAACAUACGCAGCACCUGAACUCACAGACACAUCCACACACAAGGGAUGGAAGGAUGGAUGGAUGGAUGUCUCUAGUCAGCUUCACUCGGGAAAGAGCUCCUUCUGCCCUGAUGUGCUCUUGAUCUUUCGGUAGGCCUCGCUCUUUUGGAAGGUACCCCAUGGCUCAACGGCGAUGCCCUUUGUGGCCGGCAGUGUCGUGUUCUCAAAGCCAGGCGAAGAGGACCAGGGUUCGUAGUCACUGGGGAUGAAUAUCCGGGGGUCCACCUUAAUCACCUUUGUUGGCUCUUCUGCAUGACACACAGAAACACACAGAGACACAGACAAACGUCUGUCUACCCACCCCAACCCCCCCACCCUUUGUCUCCGUCACGAGCACAUCCAACGGCACAAAGUCCUUCCUGAGAUGACCCGCAUUCAUGGCCACAUAGCCGUCGUAGCACCAGCCCACAUCUUGACAGCUCCUGUCGACGUAGAAGGCGUAUUGCGCCAUGUGUCGCUUCGUGCUGCACACGCCAUUGCACGUCUCGGCAGCAGCAGAAGGCGGCAGGAAGGUGCAGGAGCGGUGGGCGGGACGGGCUUGUCCUCCCUCAGCUCUCGACUGGCAGUGGCAGCAGCUGCGUACAUGCCAGUGGAUGGACAGAACAGAAAAGGCUCGAAAGUGGCCAUCAGGGAGGGGAGGAUAGUAGGGGUGCCUAGGUCCCUUACCCGGUGUAUUCGGAUUCGUUGUCGUCAGUGAGGGGUUUGACAGUGACUUGCCUGGCCGAUUUGGCAUGAUCGACGCUCUGCAGGCGUACUACAUCCUCCUUUUGCUGAGGCCUGAUUGCAUAUAAUUAGAGACGUGUGAGCAGAGAGGAGAGCACGUGCCGCGUCGCACAUGCGUGGCUGCCGCUCACCGCGGCGUUGGGGAUACGACGGGGCCGCUGCAGUGAAGUGCAACCAUUCAUCCACCCCCACCAAGCACAGACAAAGCCUCUGACAAGUUGGCCCGGUCUCCACUUCUGUGUGCGGGUACAGAGGCCACCUUACCUGCCCGGUUUGUUCGCUGACGCUCGAUUGGACACGGCCAGCAGAGGCAGGCUGCACACCAGCAGGAUUUGCAAUGCCAUCGAUGACUCACGGAACCACGACCAACUCGAG